UUAAAAAAAACUUCGCUUACCUUUUCCACAGAUGAAUAUUUAAAUUUAAGAAUAAGCCUUGUUGUAAUCCACCAUGCCUUGGCUCUGACUUCUCCCAUUACUUAAGUUUCCGUGCUGCCUCAGCUCCCUCAUCUCCAGUGAAGCGCGGGUGUGUGUGCCAGCAUAUGGUCACUGCCACACAAAGGAGAACAGGGGGCCACUAGUGCUGCUGCGCCUCCACCCGUCUUUCAUUACCUUUCUAUCUCGCUGCCUCUGACCCCCUUCUCCCUCCCCGGCGACCAUGCUGGCCAGCUGGCUCCAGAUACGGUGUCACUUUCCUGGCUGAGCAGGAGGCAAUGACUUUUUAGUUAUUGUAUGGGGGUUUGUGCAUGUUGUAACAUGAUGGUAACUUGCCGGGAUCCAAGAACCUCCACUGAGCUUGUUCUGUGUGCCAUAACCUACUCGUAGCAGCCAGGCAUGGUGCUGCACCGGGCCAUCCAGGCAGCUCGAGCAGGGGAUCUGGCAAUCCUGAGGGAGCUGGCGUCCUCAGGUCACCUCUCUCCUCUUAUCACUGAUGCCCAAGGCGCCAGCCCAGUGCACCAUGCAGCCAGGUGUGGACGCCUGGAGUGCCUGCAGUUCCUGGUGAGCGAGCAGGGUCUGGCAGCUGAUUGCAGGGCCUUGAACAGGGCCACGCCGGCACAUGACGCAGCAGCUACUGGCCACAUCCGGGAGCUGCGAUGGCUUGUGGAGGAAGGAGGUUGCAACAUUGAGGAUCGGGAUGCAGGGGGCGCCACAGCCCUUCACCUUGCAGCUCGUUUCGGUUGCGUCGAGGUCGUUGAGUGGCUGCUUUCAGCUGGAGGACUGGCAGAGGCGGAGACAAACUGUGGAGCAGUUCCUGCUCACUACGCUGCAGCCAACGGUCACCUCGGCUGUUUGAAACUACUCGUUCAGCAGGCACCUGGGUGCGUGAACCACCAGACAGGUAUGGGUGCGACCCCGCUCUACCUGGCCUGCCAAGAAGGCCACCUCCAUGUUGUCCAGUACCUUGUUAAGGACUGCGACGCCGACGUCGACCUGAGGGCGCACGAUGGCAUGACGUGCCUGCACGCUGCAUCUCACAUGGGUCAUCAUGCAGUGGUGGAGUGGCUGGUGACCUGCACUGAUGUCAACAUAUCCUGCCAGGACAGAGAUGGAGCCACUGCUCUGCACUUUGCUGCCAGCAGGGGGCACUAUUGCAUCUUGGAGACACUUCUUCACUUGGGUUCAAAGGUUAUCAAAGAUCACUGGGGAGGGACCCCACUUCAUGACGCUGCAGAGAAUGGAGAGCUGGAGUGCUGUAGAAUCCUGUUAGCCAAUCAAGCAAACCCCUCACAUCAAGACAUUGAUGGAUUUACAGCUGCAGAAUUGGCUGAGUACAAUGGACACUAUGAAUGUGCCAGAUAUCUCCGUGCCAUUGAGGCAAAAGCAGAUAACAUUGAGAUCAUCACUUCAGUGGAGGAAGGAGAGAAAGUGAAGCCGCCUGUGUUGCUGCAGCAAAGCAGGAAAGACUACUACGGAAGCCUGAGUGACACACGCAGCGACAGUUGCAGCACAAACACACCCAUGGAUAGUUUGAAGCAACCUGAAAGUGAGGAGUCUCCACAGGCCAGAUACCCUCAACCGUCAGCCAUCCUCCACAGAAUAGAGCAGGUUCAGACUGCAACAUCUGUUAUUAAAGGUUUCACUCAGCCCAAGGCAGCUGGGAGUAAGACAAAUGUCUCCGCUGAUAAGACGAUGUUGCCUGACGCAAACUUCCUGUCUGAAAAGAAUCUGUUUGGGAACAUGAAGUCCAUUACAUCUCUGAAGCAGUCGGGGGUGUCGGGAGCCUUCACUGGACAAGCAAAUAAAAUGGUGGUCCUGCCCACUGAGGAGGCGAACCUGUCGGACAUCGACUACCUGGUGCCCACCCACGACGAGAAAGGCCGUCCCAUCGCUGAGUGGAAAAGACAAGUCAUGGUGCGACAGCUGCAGGCCAGGCUGCUGGAUGAGGAGGAUCAGAGGAGGAAGGAGAACGGGAACAGAUUCGUUAAAGUCAGCUGGAGGUACUCCCAAGCCCACAACGCCAUCCUGGGGCCUUUUGGUGAGCUGCUGACCGAGGAUGACCUCAUCUAUCUGGAGCAGCAGAUCGCCAGCGUCUACAUGCAGAGGAAAAGUGAAGGCUACGAGCUGGAGCUGGCUCGACUCGCCGAGGAGCUCAGGCACAUCCUGCCCGCACCGAUAGUCAACAUCACCGUCAACACACAGUUCCGAAACUUCACCAGUCAAGUUCCCCUCCCCAUGUGGUGUGGUCGCAUCUCUGGCAUCGUACAGAGCAUGUCUCUGCUCUUGACCAACCUGACUGACCAGCCUCACUGUAAGAUGCCCAACACUGACCUGAUCACCGUGUUCUCCCAGACUCCCGACAGACAGAACUCCAUCAGAGGACGCAGAGAGAGGAUAGAGGAUGAGAUCCAUCAGUUUGGAGUUUCUGUGAGGACUCUGAAGUCUAACUUUGAGAUGCAGGAUUCACCGCUGUCAGUCGAGCCAGAAGAGGCCGUAGUGUUAAAUUCACCCACAGAGCUCAUGACAGCAGAGCAGCAUAAACAGACUAAAACGGUAAUUCCAGCCAAAGAAACAGACCAGAACAGCGACUCCGGCAUUGACUACGAUGAAAAUGUCGCAGACGUCCUGGAGACCACCAGCCUGAGAAAAGAGCGCAUCGUCGUGCUCUUCUUGGGGCACUGGAAGAAAUCUGCCUACGCCGUGACGCAGAGGAAGGUGAGCGUUGGAAACGUGGGAGCGGGCGACAGAUCUGGGUCAGACCGUACAGGCAGCGUGGACAGCGACCAGUCCAAGAUGAUGAACAGUUCUCUGGGACAUUUCUUCAAACAGAGGAGCGCCGUCAACAAGAUGCUGGGGAACUGGAGGAACAUGAUCUCCAGUGUCCCGUCCAGACAGAUACGCAGGCUCCACAGGGAGAAGGCUCUCUACUCUCCAGAGCAGUUCCUUCCUCGUGUGGACGGCGUGCCUGUGGAGUACGACAACCUGACCUUGGAUCUCUUCAUGCUGGGCUACUUUCACAUCCUGGAGUUGGAUCUGCCGGUGGAUGAACGCAAGAUGAGACACCUGCUGUGCUUCGAGGUGUUCGACCACAUCGGCAGCUUCCCCUGGGAGCUGGUCAGGGACUUUCACAAAGCCGUCAUACAGGACAUUGAGGCCGGAAAUCGCGAGUGGGUAGACGGCUUUGAGGACAUUAAAGUCAAGUUCUUCGGAAACGCUGUGAGUCAACCCGAAAUCACUGCAGAGGUGGUGAAACAUAGCCUCCCAGAUGUCAGACAGGUCCCUAAAGUCAUUGUGCAGACACCUACGCCCGAUGAGGGGACACUCUGUAAGGGCACUGAUAUUUCUAGUUUCAGCAAUGAAGAAAUUUGUAAAUACAUCGACCGCAGUUUUGCUUUUUGGAAAGAGAAAGAGGCAGAGAUUUUUGAUUUUGAGUAGUUUUCUUUGUGUUCCAUUUUUUAUAUGUAUAUUUUUAAUGUUUUGUAGGUAGAUGAUGGUAGAGCUGGGUAUUGUGACUUGAACUGUCUCUAGCAAUUGUCAAGUACUGCUAGAAUUUGAGCCUUGUUUACUUUUUCUGACAUUGUGUACUUAGUGAAUUUUCAUUUUGUUAAUUUUAUACUGUAUUUUAAUAUGCUUAUGCUAAUAUAUUAAAAGUCAUGAACUCCACAGGUUUGGACCAUGUUGUUAAAUUUUUGAUAAUCUAGAUUAUACUUUAUUUAGAUAUUUCAGGAUUUUUUUUAAAUUUGAUGAUUUCUCUUUCCAGCCCUGUAUCUGAAGAGAUCACGUUGAGGAAACUAGUGUGAUUUCAGUGGAAUGAAAUCUGUUAACCACGCAUGUCAAACCAAAACAAACAGCAAUGACAACUGAAGCCAGUAAGCUAAUGCCAAUUCUAGCCAUCACAUGUCACAUGACGUAUGAAGUUUAGAGUCACUUUGUGGUCCUUCUGCAGCCGAUAGAGGUUUUCAUUGUGGAAAUGCCAGCACAAUAAUAAUAACCCUGGUCUUGUUUCUCUCCUUGCCUGAAUCCUUUUUAGCCAAAAAAGUGAGUAAAUCUGGAGGUUUUCCUUCUGUGGGAAACCUUUA